UGAGCAUCUUGCAGCAUGGAGGAGCCCGACGUCUCUUUGGAAGUGGGAGAGAUGGAGACGGCUGAGGUGUUCAUAGAGGGAAUAUCACAGGAGAAUGGAGAGCUGAACAGUGAGGAAAGUGAGCUGCCAGAGGCAAUGAACGAAGGAGGUGAGAAUGUGGUUCCUGAAGCAGAGAAAAUGCUAAUUGCCUGGGCCUCAGACUGGAGCUUCUGGGUCUCAAGCUCCACUUACAAACAAAGAAGUGAGGAAUUUCGGAAGAUCUUCAAAGAGCUGCCAGAAAGUGAGAAACUGAUAGUAGAUUACGCGUGUGCCUUACAGAAGGAGAUUUUACUUCAGGGACGAAUCUACCUCUCCGAGAACUGUCUGUGCUUCCACAGCAACAUCUUCCGCUGGGAAACCACAAUAUGCUUACAGCUCCGGGAUAUCACUUCUAUGACAAAGGAGAAAACCGCUCGACUUAUUCCAAACGCCAUACAGGUCAGCACACAGAAUGAGAAGCUCUUCUUUACGUCGUUUGCUACAAGAGACAGAAGCUUCCUAAAUAUCUUUCGCAUGUGGCAGGAUGUGCUUCUGGAUAAGACACUGACCAAGAAGGAAUUCUGGCAGUUGGUUCAGCAGAGCUAUGGCACUGAGCUUGGCUUGAAUAAUGAGGAGAUGGAACACCUGUCCGUGCCAGUGGAAGAUAAUGGGCAGACAAGGGCCUCGGGAAGGGUAGUUUUAGAGGAUUGUGGAGAAAAACCAGAGAAAAUGCCUCGGGGAUCUUCUGUUUUGCAGGCCACAGAGACAGAUUCACCUUUAUUUAAUCCCAUGCAGUUGAUAUUGAGGCAAGCAGAAGAAAUACAGGGGGAGAAGGCAGGAGGCAAGAGCCCCCAGUUAAGCACAGAAAGAAAGCACACCCUCCGCACCCAAAUUGGAUCCCCUGCUCUGGCUCUGGACCUGAAUGGCAAUGAAAACCAGCAUUUCGACAGGAGCAGCUUGUCUGAUUCAGGGGAUGAAGAGGAUACCAAGUACCCAGAGGAGCAGAUGGAAGGGAAGCUCUACAUUAACCAUGUGUAUCAAAUCCGUGCCGAGAGGAUGUUCCAGCUUCUAUUCACCCAGUCUCGCUUCAUGCUCAACUUCAUGACAUCCCGCAAAAUGUUUGAUCUGGAAUAUAGCCCCUGGCAAUCAGACAGCAACGGGAAGCAGACACGGACCCUCAAUUAUACCAUCACCAUUAGCAACCCUCUGGUGGGAAAGUUUACUACAGCCACAGAGAAGCAGGUGUUGUACAAAGGGAACCAAGGAGAACAGAGCUAUUUGGUGGAAGUGGAGGUUUUCACACAUGAUGUGCCUUAUCACGACUACUUUUACACAGUGAAUAAAUACAGCAUUAUUGGAAUAUCCCAAGACAAAUGCAGGUUACGGGUCUACACAGAUGUCAAGUACAGAAAGCAGCCCUGGGGCCUGGUCAAGACUUUUAUAGAGAAGAACUCAUGGAGUGGCCUGGAGGAUUACUUCAAGCAGAUGGAGUCUGAUUUGGUGAUGGAAGAAAGCAGUUCAGGAUCCUUAUUGGUAGAAGCUGGAAAAUCCAUGAGGAGAAGGAGAAGGAAUCCGAACCGCAGCCUGGGGGAGCACCUUCCCAAACAUGGCGCCCAACACGAUUCUACAGAUAUGGGACUGGAUAUGAGGAAUGAUCAUACAGGCAGGAAAACCGAAGGAAGGAAAAAUACACUUAUACUAGUAAUGAGUAUCUUCCUGGUUCUGUUGGUCCUACUCAACAUCGCCCUGUUCCUAAAGCUGUCUAAGAUUGAGCAUGCAGCCAAAACCUUCCAUCAAGCUCAGCAAAAGCAGGAGAGCUAUACCAGCAUCCCCCCUGGUGGGAUUGGUGGAACGGAUCAGCCCUACAAAGAAAAAGUAUUGGGACCAGGGUUAAGGGGACUACUGCAGGACUCCAUUUCAACCAUUGAACAGCUGAAGAAAUCUCUGCUCCUCCUUCAGAAAAGCUUUGAUCUGCUCAGCAGGACUCAGGAAGAGGGUGCUGCUGGGAGUUAGCACCCCAACAUGACUUUGGGGGGGAUAUAUGUUCCAUGGAGGAGAAACAUUUGAGCGUUUUAAUGGCAGAGAACUGGUUACAGAGACUGGGAAAUUUUCUGCUCGCUGCUGGCGUCACCCCCUCUUCCCCACUUUUAUUUAAAUCCAUGUUGUAUUUGUGAAUUGUAAAUUUCUUUUGUUUUUUAUGUUUUUUUAUGAAAUUCUCAAAUGUUCUAGAAUUCUUGCUCUGUUCAGUGUCAUUGUGAAGAGAUGCAACAAUGUCCAUUUUCUCGGCUUCAUUGGCUGCAGUUGUACAUGGGUGUUUAUAGUUUACACUAAAGGGAUGGCACCGACUGACAUUGUUGCUCCUGAAGGAUAAGUAAACCUUUAAAGUAAGUGUAAAUUGAUGAGGAGGCUAUUUUAAGCACCGUUGCAAUGUACAUUCAUUAUUUCUUUUAUUUUUUUUAAAUUCCAAGAUAUUAUUUAUUUUUCUUUAAUUCCAAGAUAUUAUGGGAUACACUUACUGUUAAUAUUAUAAAUUAAUUGUGUUACAACAGCGCCACCUGCUGGUCAUUUUCCCACCAGUCUGACCACCAAGUAGUCAAGGAAAGUGUCAGGAGAAAGAAAGAGGCUGCUCUGAUGUUCUUCUGCUUAGGAAACCACAUUAAAAAACUUUCCCAAGCAGAAGAAUAUCAGAGCAGAGUAUUUCUUUCUCCUAACAACUUCCUUGACUACUUGGUGGUCAGACUGGUUGGAAACUGACCAGCAGGUGGUGCAAAAUUCAUUCAUAUUAACAGUACAUGUAUCCCUUAAUAUCUUGGAAUUAAAGAAAAAUAAAUAAUGGAUGUAUAUUGCAAAAGUGCAUAUAGCCCCCUCAUCAAUUUUACAUUCACUUAUUUUAAAGGUUUACUUAUCCUUUAAGGAAAGUAGCAGGUGGGUUAACUUCCGUUAUUUUGUCAGGAGUAAAUUAGCUGAGAAUAGCUAAUGCCCAUUUGUGCCCCCCCCAUCUGUUGAUUAUGGUAGUGCUGCUGGUUAAGUUUAGUGUAACCCCCAAACCCAGUUGUAUGGGGAUCAUAAUCUAUUUCCAGUGGGAGAGACUGGUAUUGCCCCUGCCCAGGCCUUUCUUUUUAAUUCAUCAUUUUAUCCUUAGCCCAGAAUCUUGCAUUUGGGCCGUUUUUAUCUUAAUUUCCUUUGGUACCUUGGGUCUUCUCUCCGUUUGAGGAGAAUCAAGUAGAUUUUGGAAGAGUGCAAGUGCCUUUAUCUACAGCGUGUGCCUAUUGGGUUCCUUUAGAACCCGACUCCUCAGACAUUUGGGGUGUUCCUCCCAUUAAAUACAGGGGAAUGGGACAGCGACAAGGUACAGAUUUCCGUUUACUUUUGUAUUUUAUUUCUUUGGUGGCUAAAUAUUUAUAUUCAGGUUCUAAUGCCCCCAAAUACCUGAAGGUGGGUUAUUUAUUGAAUAGUGUGCAUAGGGAUUAUUUAUUUGGGUGGUGUAUUGGCAUUAGCUGCACUGCUGUCUCCUCUUUGGUGCCUUAUACAAGAGCUGUCUAUGCUGUAUAGUUUAACUACAGCUCUCAGCAACCCUUUCUUCCUAAAGAACACAUGAUGGUACGUUCCAUUUAAAGAUUAUCCCUGUGUCUCAUUUGAAUGGUUUCUGAGGGUGAUUGAUAUCUCAGCUGAGAUAGGGAGGAUGUAACAAUUCCUAGUGUCAUUACUGUGGCCCUUUUCUCCCAAAACUCCGCUCCUACCCCAGGGUUGUGCCUAUUGGCGGCUGGGCCCUGUUAUUCAUCUGACUCGCCAUAACCACAAUUAGGAAAAAUGCUUUCCUCACACCCGCCUUAUCCAUCUGAACCCAGGGUGGCGCUGGCAGAGCCAAAGGCAGCUAUAGGAUCUGAUAUCCAGAAAGCCCUGAAUUUAAUCAGUGCCAUUUCCCAUAGAGUCCUAUUUAACUCAUUUAUUUUUUAAGACACAACUUUGUACCUGAAUUAUAUUGGGUUUUUCUAAUGUGUAGAAGCCAUAAGGUAUGGUGACCCCAAUUAUGGAAAGAUUUUCUAGAAAACCUGCAGAUAACCUAUAGACUAAUAGGCAGUCCGGAGGCUGUGGGGCGGGUGUAUAAGUGCAGCUAAGGAUCUAAUGAACAAGCUGGAGACUGAGCUUUCCCUGACUCGCUCCUCUACUACAAUCCAUUCCAACCUACAGACUCAUGUCACCCAGUUUGCCUUUUUCACAGAUGUCCAAAGAUUUUCUUGUGUGAAAUCAAUAAAAGUUUUAAAACCAAAA